GACCUUCAUUGAGAUGAUAUAUGAAGAAAAAAGAUGCGUCAAGUUGCAACAUUUUUUCCGUGAUGUUUUUUAUAAAUGUAAAAGUUGCGGCGUUUUAUUGUCAGACGCCACUGUUUUUCGACGGCGACAAAAACUUUGUCGACACCGAUUCUUUGUUGUCAUCUUAUUUGAAGGCUAAAACCCUUGACAGUUACAUGUAUAAAAUGCUUACUGCAAAACGUUCCAGCUCACAAAUUUUACCCAGCGCACUUUGCGUGCAACAAUUGAUGGGGGCGGAACGCAGUAGCAGCUAGCGUGUGUAAAUUUGAUCGGCGAGUUACGAAUAUUCGAAUAUUCGGUCAAAGGCAGUUUCGAAAAAUCGAAUACUAAAUUAUUCGAAAAAGACAGCCCUAGCAGAUUCAACUUAGCAGAAUUUCUUCUUACGUCAGUAUUCCAUUUGAACACAGGUGUUUAAAUCGAUUUCAAAUAUUUCAUUAAAAAGUUAAAAGUGAGUGACAUCAACACGCCUUUGUAUAAUGCUGCUGAAUUAAUAAAUAUUUGUAUUUACUGGUACGUGGGAAGCUUAGAAGUUUUUUUAAUCAUUCCAUGAAGAGUUUUCUUCCGACAAUCUCACAUCAUAACAUAACCAUUCCCUAGCAAUGUGUUUUUCGCCUCCCCCUGCUUAUUUUGCAGACUCUUCGUCAGUCGUUCCACGAAGUGGUCGUCAGACUUAAGCAACUGUAACGACACCAUACUCAGACAACUUUCUCUUUUUUUUCUCUCUCUCAUUAUUUAUUCUCCCCUUACAGGUCAUUCCCAACAGCAAAAUUAGCGAAGACUUUUAUCAAGUCUGAUCAGGUUGUAUUGAUCCAGAGACAAACAAAAAGUGGCGUCUUUUUCUAAAACUCCAAAUUGCUCAUCGUUCAUUCGGAGCACCCAAUGUGGUCCAAGUUUUGUGGUCCAAGUUUUAAGACAAGAAAAAUUAUGGGGAAGAAGUGAAAAAAGGGAGUAACUUUCUUUGCAUUUUCAGGUUUGGGGGAGGGGGAAGCUGGAUUUUGGUAAUUGAUUUUGAACUUGUAGUCCAUCCUUUUGUGAAAGGUGUACUUGGUGUGAUCAUGAACUACAUGUACUUUUUGACAAAAUGGAAAUGUGACAGUAUCAAGUAGUUCAGGUAGUUCAAUGGGAAAAACUGAUCUGACACACAAAAAAUGUUCACAGUGUAAUGAAAUGAUUUGGCGUAAUGCGUUUUUCUCUUCCUGUCUUUUUUGUUCUCUUUUUGUGCAUUCAUGAGAUCUUGUCAAGGACCCGCGAUGUCAACUGAAAACCAACAGUGGUUGGCACUGAGUGUGACCAGUGGAACGUCGUAAUUCAAAUCAAAGCAGACCAAUUUCUGUAUACUCGGCUUAAAUCAGAUUUCAUUUGACAUGUUACCCCUAAUUAUUUCGAGUUGUUUGAAUAGGUACACCCCUGUUAACCUAGUACAUGUCUAAGGCAUUGUGGUCACUUCUUCCUAAACUUUUGUUUCAUAAAAACUGUCGAUUUUCAAGUUUGGUUUUAUAAGAUUCAGGAAUCAAUGCCAUACAGUAUAGCGCAAACUACACCAAACCCUAACCUUCUCAAAUCCUCCAAAAUCCUCCUUGCAUAUGUGAAGGAUUUCAAAGGAUUGAGGCUAUGGCAAAAAUUGUGGGGCUGACUUUGGAUGAUGCACUGUGCCAAGGUCUUAGGCCGGACCUUGUGUUGUUUACGCUCGGCCGUGCAUAAAUUUAGGCUUAGAUAAUACCUGAAAUCAUCGAUACUGCUUCUGGAUAUUAUCCGCACUGCCUCAACAUAUCAAAAGUGAUUGUUGUUGGGUUUUGCAGGCUUGACUCGGUUUUCACCACUCCAAAGAUCGAAUGCAAGUAAUAACAGAGGAUUUUGGAGGAUUGAGGCUGCAUCCAAUUUCUACAUGGAGGUAGUUGGAGGAUUUUACAGGAUUGCGGGUUAGGGUCUAAAGAAUACCCUUUUCAUGAUCAAAAUCUGUACCCAUUUACCAUGUUUACAGCAUUUAGCGUUUCUAGGUUUGAUUUUUUUUUGUAGCUGGGGAAGACGGGUGGUGUGUUGGUGUCUUUAAGACAAACAGGCAGACAAAUUGUGCAUCGUUGUCACAAGGAAAAUGCAUCUUUGUCUAAAAUUGCAUGUACCACUUGAGAAGAGAAGGGAAAAAAAUGUGUACGGCUUUAUGUAGUACCCUGUCCAACAGAUGUAAAGUGAUUGUAAGUUUCAAUAUUCACGAGUAGAUAAUCGGAAUGAAGAGGGUCCAAGAACCUUAAGUUGGAAUUUGAUGUUGUCAAUGAUAGGAAGUAACCAAAGUUCUUGAAUGGCCUGUCCAUUGAUUACAAGUAGUAACUGCAAGUGUAAAGUUUAAAGCGUUUCUGCUAUGUCUUUCAAAACUACCUGAAAGUGUGUAGCAUUUGAACGCGUCAGACACGGAUUCACGCUUAAUGUGUUCUGACGCAAAUUGGUUGACAUUGAUUGAAUCAGCUUUUGUACACAUUUCCCCAUUAGGGCCUUAAGCCAAGCUCCGCAAAACUAACCGUUCCGUUUUUUUCUCCCCCAUUCCGUUCUCUGUUCCUCCCUCUUAUUUUUGUCUCUCUCUCUUUUUUCUCUCUCUCUCUGCAUUUUGUGUAUUUUGAAGAUUUCAGUUUACGCAGAGUACCACACGUACACACUCACACAAACGGCCCUGCCUUCAUGAUACUGUAGUUUACCGCCUGGCCUUGUGUGGCUAGAGGUCGCCAUGGCAAUUGUUACCAUGGCAACACCGCCAUCCUUUAUGACAGCGACCGUGCGACCCGAAGCCCUUCCCCCAUGAUGGUGAUGGCCGAACAGAUGGGUCCCGUCCUGGCCGGUCCGGGGGCCAAGAAAGAGCUGAUGAUGGGCGGUAUGGUCAAACUCACCCCCGACCAGCAGGAGGCGCUGAACAGGGCCAAGAAGUACGCCAUGGAGCAGAACAUCAAAAGUGUUCUGGUCAAACAGACCUUGGCCCACCAGCAACAGCAAAUGAGCAACCUCCAGAUGGCAGCCCAGCGCCAGCGAGCCAUCGCCCUCAUGUGUCGCGUCUACGUGGGCUCAAUCAGCUUCGAGCUGCGGGAGGACACGGUCCGCCAGGCCUUCAACCCCUUCGGCCCCAUCAAGAGCAUCAACAUGUCCUGGGAUCCCAUCACCAUGAAGCACAAAGGGUUCGCCUUCGUGGAGUACGACUUGCCCGAGGCGGCCCAGCUGGCCCUGGAACAGAUGAACGGGGUCAUGAUUGGUGGACGUAACAUCAAGGUUGGUCGGCCAAGCAACAUGCCCCAGGCUCAGCCCGUCGUGGAUCAACUCAUGGAGGAAUCCAAGAAUCAUCCUCGCAUCUACGUCGCCUCCAUCCAUGGCGAUCUCUCCACAGAAGACAUCAAAAGUGUCUUUGAAGCUUUUGGAAAGAUCUUAAGCUGCGCUCUGCCCUUGGACUCUGCCACAAGCAAACACAAAGGGUACGCCUUCAUUGAGUACGAGACAAUGCAGUCGGCCCAGGACGCCAUAGCGUCAAUGAACCUGUUUGAUCUCGGGGGACAGUAUCUCCGAGUGGGUCGGUCAAUCACACCACCCUUGACGCACAUCCCGACACCAACGACACAAGGAGGGCUACCCCCAGCUGCAGCCGUAGCCGCUGCUGCAGCCACAGCCAAGAUACAGGCCCUAGACGCAGUAGCAGCACCUUCAGCUGCAGCAGCAGCUGCUGCAGUCCUCAAUCUUGCCCCCUCGACCAUCGUCUCCCAGGCGGUGCCCGGAGCUGGCCUGCUGACGGCCCCGCAGCUGGGCCUUCUCAACAUGCCCCAGGCCGUCAUGGCUUCCAACGCGCCCGGCAUCAUCACUGGUGUGACCCCGAUCCGGCCACCCAUCCCCACCAUCACCGUCACCACCUCCUCCUUAAUGGUCAACCCGGCCCUGACCGCGGCCGCCGCCAUCGUGGCCAUGAGCCAGCAGCAGCAGCAGGUCAGCUACGCCACGGCCGCCAUGAAGGCCGGUGCCCUGAUCGUGGAAUCGGCCGAGGACACCAAGAAGAAACUGGAGAACGAGCUGCCGCAGACCAUCAGCGAGCAGGAGAACAUGACGAUAUCGGGGACCAGCGCCAGGCACAUGGUCAUGCAGAAACUGCUCCGGAAAGCCGAGUCGCGCGUGGUCAUCCUGCGCAACAUGGUAGGCAAGGAGGACUUGGACGACGACCUGGAAGGGGAAGUGACCGAGGAGUGCGGCAAGUUUGGCCAGGUCAACCGAGUGGUCAUCUACCAGGAGAGACAAGGGGAGGAAGAGGACGCCGAGGUCAUUGUGAAAAUAUUUGUCGAGUUCAGCGAUCCCUCGGAGGGAGAAGCAGCAAUUGAAGCACUCAACGGCCGGUGGUUCGGUGGUCACAUGGUCAGGGCGGAGUGCUACCCACAGUCCAAGUUUGACGCCAGCGAUCUAUCGGGUUGA